AUGUCGCUGGAACUGCUAGACAACGUGAUCAUCUUUGGUCCCGACGCCAACUGUACUCUCGCUCUGUGUCCCAUAGAAUGGAGCGUCUACCAAUAUCGCCCUUCGCUCGCUGCGAACGUCACCUUCAUCGUCCUCUACGCCAUCGCCAUGGGGACACAUCUCGUUUUGGGCAUCAAGUGGAAGCAGUGGUUCUAUAUGAGCUUCAUGAUGAUUGGGUGUCUGUUUGAGAUUAUCGGAUAUAUUGGAAGGAUUAUUAUGUAUAACAACCCUUUCAACUUUGGCGGUUUCAUGGUGCAGAUUGUGUUUAUCACGAGUGGUCCUGUGUUUUACACAGCUGCCAUUUACGUGACGCUCUCCAAGACGAUCAAAUACUUUGCACCAGAAGUCUCCCGCUUCAGACCAGAACUCGUCUGGUGGAUCUUCAUCCCAGCUGAUGUCAUUUGUCUUGUCCUCCAAGCUGCAGGCGGGGCAUUGUCAACAGUCAACCAGGGCUCCAGCCAAACUGGUGUCGAUAUCGCCUUGGCCGGUCUGUCCCUCCAAGUUGUCAUCCUCGUUCUCUUCUGCGCUCUUCUCGGUGACUAUCUCUGGCGGUACUUCCGCAGUGGGAAUGCCAGUGCAAUGGGAAACCGUAUGAGAAUCUUUUUCGGAUUCUUGAGCGCGGCGGUCAUCCUCAUUCUUGCACGAUGUGCGUUCCGAUGUUAUGAGUUGAGCAAGGGGUAUCAACACUCGGAUCUCAUCACGAAUGAAGGAUUGUUCAUUGGUCUCGAGGGAGUUCUAAUUACCAUUGCGGUAUUCUUCUUGUGCAUCAGCCAUCCCGGUCCUGUGUUCAACGAUGCGAUGACGACCGUGCCGGGUGCCUCGCAGAGCGAUGCUGAUGCCGAGAAGUAA